AUGGCAAACAAUUCUUCCAAUGGAGAUUACCAAACCACAACUAAGCCACCUCCGACCCCAUCUCCAUUGCGUUUCUCAAAAUUCUUUCAGCCCAAUUUGAGAAUUUUGGUUACCGGAGGAGCUGGAUUUAUUGGUUCUCACCUAGUGGACAAACUGAUGGAAAAUGAAAAGAAUGAGGUAAUUGUUGCGGAUAAUUACUUCACUGGCUCAAAGGAUAAUCUUAGGAAAUGGAUUGGUCAUCCAAGAUUUGAGCUCAUUCGUCAUGAUGUCACGGAGACAUUGCUGGUUGAGGUUGAUCAGAUUUACCAUCUUGCAUGCCCCGCUUCUCCAAUUUUCUAUAAAUACAAUCCCGUGAAGCAACGAAGAUAUUUUGCUGGUUUAAUAGGGGUUCGCAGCUGCUAUGAUGAGGGGAAGCGUGUGGCUGAGACUUUGAUGUUUGACUAUCAUAGGCAGCAUGGGAUAGGUAACAUGUUACUUUCUUCACUACAAACAUGGUCAGGGUAA